AUGACGGAGGAGGAUCACUAUGUCAAGGUCAAGGUCGACGGUGAUGUUGUUGCAGACAGUGACCUGUGUGGCGGUGAUCCGACCAGCUUCAAGUGUACUUUCAAGCCACAGUCUAAAUACACCCCGACAAUAGAAACAUUUACACCGCAAUCUGGAAAACCAGAACUAUUUCUAUCAAUGCGAGGAAAGCUUGUCAGUGACAGAUAUGGAAGUAAUAUGGCAGCGGCGACUAAUCUGAAAUCCGAAAAACUUCUUAGAGUAUAUGCCGGCCCACAGGAUUGUGGACUGAAAGAUGGCGACACAUUGUAUGUAUUGUAA